AUGUUCGACGUUGUUGUUGUUGGAGCUGGAUUGAGCGGAUUGCAGGCUUCCUAUCAUGCUCAGCGAGCGGGUUUGUCGGUCGUCAUCAUUGAAGCAAGAGACCGAGUUGGGGGUAGAGUUUGUACUGUUCCUAUUGCUUCUAAUCGCGGAGUUGUGGACCUAGGUGCAGCUUGGUUUGACCAAGAAACACAGCCUCGAGUUACAGAAUAUUUCUCCAUUGAAGAUAGAGAAAACAUGGCGAUGAUUUGUGACCAUGUGGAAGCUGAGCUGCUGAAGACUGGUAUUGGAGGUAUCCAAGAAGAUGCGGUGUCGGUUGAUGACUACGUCCGAAAGAUGGGUGCAAAUGAUAAAACAGCGAAGAUGGCUAGUUUUUGGACUCGGGCUUUUCACGGCCUAGAAUCAACACAAGUACCAAUGGGGUGCAAUCUCAUCGCUCGUGGGAUCGCUAGCCUCAUCGGAGAAAGCAAGAUUUUACUAUCCGAACCCGUCACGUCUAUUAAAAACGAAAAGACACAUGUCGCAACCAUGUCUGCUUCGGGAAAAGUAACCAAAGGCAGAAAAUGCAUCGUAUCUAAUCCGAGUGUAUUGCUUGCAGACAUCGUGUUCACCCCUAGCCUCCCAGCUUCGUAUCGGGACCUCUCUACGCGGAUGACCUUAGGACACUUCUACAAAUCGAUUGUAUGCUAUGACAGGCCGUGGUGGCGUGAAGAGGGUUAUAAUGGUUCCUGUGUGAGCUAUAUUGGGCCUAUAAACAUUGUUCGAGAUAGCAGUAUGCCGGAAAAGGGCUUCUAUGCCUUGACAUGCCUUAUGACCGGUGCUGAUGGGCAGUCUUGGAGUAGACUGGCCCCUCAUGACCGCCGCCAUGCAAUCCUCACUCACUUUGCGGCUAUUUUCAAUGUCGGGGACGAUUCGACAAUUUGGCAGCCUAUGGGCUUUUUUGACAAGAUCUGGCAGUACAAGAAAUACAGUGGCGGCGCGCUUUCCCCCGUCCCCAGACUAGGUUGUCUUGCAAAUAUUGCACCAAUCUAUAAGAGUCCUGUUGGAAAUUUAUAUUUUGUGGGGACGGAAUACUCCGAUGACUGGAGAAACCAUAUGGAAUAUGCCUUGAUAUCUGGUGAGAAGGGGGCUAGGGAAGUGAUCCAAGCACUCCGACAGGGGCGGUUGAAUUGA